AUGUUGUCAAUCGCAAGUGAAGAAAAUAUUUUCGCCCGUCAUCUGAUAUUUUAUGAAAUCAUCGGAAGAACGAAGGAAAAUGUGUACACAGCCUAUCAAUCCAUCACGCAAUUUCCAGACAAAAACUGUCAAUCAAUCAAUCAACGUGUCAAUCAAACGACAAAAAGCGAUAAAGGGACGCAGAGAGCUCAAAAUAAACACCAAGGGUUUGAUCAAUUAUCGAGACGAAAAGUUUUUUUGUUUUGGAUUUUCUUGACUUUAUUUAUAUUUGUGGUCGCCAGAGAAGAGAAUUUUGAGGGGCAGUCGUGCUAG